AUGUACAUGGGCGAUCAAGUCCUCGGCUACACUUGCACCAUGUGCAGCAAGUUCUACAAGAUGUGGAGUAACUAUUUGAAGCACAAGUGCGAGCCGCCACAGUUCAAGUGCCCGCUCUGUCCGUUCGCCGCCUUCAAGGCUUUCAUCCUGCACGCCCAUCAGGCCGAACAGCAUUUCAAGGUCACCUCGCCGAACACAAUGACCUGUGUCAUCCUCUAUUCGUCUCUAAAUGUAAAUCCUCGUGGGAUUCUUCCGACCGUAACUAACGAUCGAUCAAAUGUGUUCUCUGUUCUAGACCGUGCGAAGGAUUCGGCAGGGCAGCACGACUCGAACGAACUAACUGGUUUUCAUGUGUGCUGUGAGUGCAAGAAGACGUACAGGUCGCGGAUGGCGUUAAAUCGACACGUGCGGGAGGAGUGCGGCAGGAUUUUGUACACCUGCCCGUUCUGUCACAACAUCAUGCCGAUGAAGUUCAAUCUGUUGAAUCACCUCAAGAAGGAGCACGGUUGCGUCACUAAGAUUUAAUCUCAGGGGAAAAGAAGCGGUCACCGACUGACUCGGAUCGAAAUUCCCUUUUCGAAAGAGCAAGGAAACUCCGUUACCUAAUUUCACGUCGUAAUCGGUGUCGCGGAUUGGAUUAUGAUUCAGUUACAGACCUGUUUCCAAAAUGUUCCGAGAACUUUUUUUGUGUCACUUGUAUACAUGCACU